AGUGUGCUACGAGUCGGCCUACGAGGCGGACGUGACGCGCUACGAUUCCGCGUAGACGUUUCGAUGUUUGUGAUUGAAAGAUUAAUUGUGAGUGUAUAAAGGAUUUACGAUUGAACUGGUAUAUGUGCACACGCCACAAACCAUUUAGUUCCAACCACCAGAUGGCGGUAUAUUGAACACAGUGAUUAAACGAACUAGUGUAAUGACCGGUAGUGAUAAAAUGUACUUUUUGAGGUGACUGAAUCGUUUGCGGAAUGAGGACUGAACGAUCCUGUUUUUGGUCGAUGCUGCAAGCGCUGGCUCUGUUGCCGACUAUGGCACUGAGAGAUUCUCACACGACAAAGAAGUUUUCUGAGGAGCCGGAAUUCGAGAGGCCGAUCGGCAAUCACACGUUCUUUUUGGGGCGGGAGGCUGUGCUCGGCUGCUCAGUACUGAACCUGGGGAAACACAAAGUAGGAUGGCUUCGUGCGGAAGACCAAACGGUCCUCACGAUGCACGAGCGAGCGGUCCUAGGAUCUCGAUACGCAGUGAGCUUGGACCCUCCGCGGACCUGGCAAUUACGGAUACGUCCAUUGCGGGCUGAAGACCGAGGCUGUUACAUGUGUCAGAUAAACACACAGCCUACUAUGACGUGGCAGAUCGGAUGCAUCGAUGUUUUUGUUCCUCCAGACAUCAUGAGUGACGAUACCUCUGGGGAUGUAUCAGUUCAGGAGUUGGAGAACGCGACUCUGACCUGUAAAGCCACUGGCCACCCUCCUCCAAAGAUCACCUGGAGGAGAGAAGACCAUGAACCCAUCCUGCUGAAGAAACCCAUGUCGAGAGAAUUUGAAAAAGUGGAGAGCUACGUGGGCAGCUCGAUGCCGCUCUGGCGGGUAGACCGCCGCCAGAUGGGCGCGUUCCUGUGCAUUGCGUCCAACGACGUGCCACCAGCUGUCAGCAAACGGAUCACGUUGAAUGUCAAUUUCGCGCCGACAGUGAAAGUCCCGAACCAGCUGCUCGGCGCGCCUCUCGGUACUGACGUUAAACUCAAGUGCUAUGUGGAAGCUUACCCCAACACCAUCAACUAUUGGAUCAAGAACAGAGGAGAGAUGCUGCUGGAUGGACCCAAAUACACGAUUCGGGAAGAAAAAUCUUCAUACAAGGUGUCGAUGUGGCUAACUAUACGACAGUUCUCUAAGAACGACAUCGGGACAUACAACUGCGUUAGCACCAACUCGCUCGGCAAGAGUGAGGGCACACUCCGAUUGUAUGAAAUUAAACUCAACUCACCGGAGGACUUCAGCAAUCAAAUAAGCGUGGCUGGAGGUCUAACGGAAGCCGCCAAAGCGAAUUCACAAGAAAAAUUGCACAUACAAAGGACAUUGUUAUUAAUUAUAAGUUGUGUAUAUUUGUACUUAUGGUAGGCAUGUGAUGAUAAUGUACAUAGUCGCGAGAGUAAUGCUUUAAAGUAAUUCGAUUACAUGUUUCAAUUCUGUAAAUAUUAAUAUAAGAUGAUAAUUUUGUGUAAAACAUGAUAUGAUUGUUAUUUAGAGUACGUACUUAAUGUGGCUUAAUGUUUUGCAG